AUGAUAAAAAUCUUGGUGAACCACCAAGCUUCUUUUACACAUCUUUGUCAGUUGCCUGCUCGAGUCUCCCGUUAUCCAUUUCUCCUCGAGGAGUCUUUGUCUUCUCCUCUCUCCGAUUUUGAGCGUCUUGGUCGACACUUCACCUGGUCUGAACCUCAGAGUCCGUCCUUCAUUGGUGUGGACUUUCUUAUCGACGUGUCCGAGCAUAACCCUUGGACAGGAACUGACAUGAUGCUCGCCACAGAAGCUAUCGUCCACCUUCGUCCCCUAGCACCCAUCGACGAGAUACCAUGCCGAUCCCUCAAGUUCACAUCGGAUACUGCUAAUGCCUGUAUCGGCCGAGCGUCAAAGCGGGAGUCCAAGAAUCUCGUGCCCACCCCGGAGAAUGGGUUAUUCGACUCUCGAGUCAUGUCAAGAAACCAUGCUCGGCUCGUUGUUCGUGUGGACAAGAAACUUGCUUAUCUUCGAGACGGUGGAUCAAUGCACGGCACUUUCGUGAAUGGAAAGAAGCUCCCAAGCGAGGAGGAUCAUCUUCUCAAUCAGGGUGAUAUCAUUACAUUUGGCACAGAAGUGGUUCGUGGCAAAGACACGUUCCCUCCUCUUAAAGUACGUUUUGAGCUCGACUGGCUCCAGUCCGCGCAAAAGCCUACACCCUCAAAUACGUUCUGUGUCCCGGAUGACGACGAUAAUGACGCUGACACGGAUAAUGCCCCGGUGGUAUGUCCGGCUGCGAGCUCCUCUGAUGAUGAUGACUCUGUAUUCCGCUCUGACUCUGACGAUCAGUCGGUUGUGGAGGUCUCAUCCCCCUUCACCUCACCUUUGAAGAAAGGUUCUCCAAAAGUUGCACUUCACUCAUCUGCCAACAUGUUAACUGACAGUGACGGUGCUGCUUACCGCGGAUCUGAAGAGAGCCCCAUCAACCUUGACUGUGAUAACUUUGAACAGCCUCUGGUAACUCCACGAAUGACUCCGCCGCCAGCUGUGGAUAUCCUCGACGAAAAGCCCGCUGAGGAGCUCACUCAUAUGGAUGUCUUUGUAGAAGAGACCGGCAUCGAGUCUUCCCUCGAUUCCUCCCCGGAAGAGAACUCAGAAUGGGAUGAGGACGAUGACUCGAUCGAAUACGGUGACGAAGAGGAAAUACAUUCACAGUGUUCCUUGGAUUCCGAUAUGGAAGAGGACCCAUAUAUCUUUGACAGCUACAAAAGUAUGAAGGCUUCUCAAGUUCUCGGCAUUCGUGACUUGAUAGCGUCAGACCCAUCCUUCGACUUCGGGGAGACAGCUGAUCAAUUGAUUUCUGCAACCGAGCCUCGCUGUAAUGAUGGGAGGGUGACCAAAUCAUCACUGUCCGAACCUAAGGCUGGAUUAUCCGGCUCGUCUUUCAUCGAGCACUAUCCCUCGCAAUCGGUCCCGCACAAUGUUGAGGCGAGCGAAGUUCUACCAGUCCAAGCACCACAACCGACAAAUAUGCUGCCGCUAUCCCUGCUGUGUCAACCGGGUCACAGCAGACUUCUCCAGAAUUCGCUCGUUGGAUUGCAACAGAACUAUUUGACAUCACCUCUUGAGUGGCAUGCAGGAAGUGCCUAUACGCUUCCUAUUCCAGUACCCCCAAGGACAAGCUAUUCCGAUGGCCCCUUUGUCAAUGAGUCUACUGCUGCUGGUGGCAAUGUAUUGACUUGCAAUAUCGCUGAGCCUGCGGUGGCGAGAACGCCUACAACUAUUCCUACCGGCAAGGAUGUUGAGGUGAAAGUCCAAGACGCACAGGCAACCACGGUGAUCUCAGAACAGGCCAUCACAUUGCAGUCGUCGCUCUCGCCGGACGCUCAUUCUCCACAGGAUCCUUGUUCUAACGUACUGGAAGCCAGACCAUUGAAAAGAAAGGCAGAACAUAUUGAAGAAAGCCUGACCGACCUGUCCCAUCCACAAGGAUCCCAAACUCUGGAUUGCGCUCAAAGCAAAACAAACCUGCCUGAGGCUCAGCCACAGAAGCUAUCGGUCGAUCAAGACAUGAUUGUGGACCCUCAUACUCCGGCUGAGCGCACCUGCAAUGUCGAGUCCUCCAACCCGCUCACUGGAGUCGAGUAUACCAAUACCAGCCAACUUCCUGAUGUUGGUACCAGCUCCGAACGACCCUCUAAGCGAGCUAAGAAGUCGUCUGCACGUACCUUCGCCAGCCAUGCUGCCACUGCCGCUUUGGGAGUCGCGAUCGGUGCUCUUGGUACUAUUGUCACCUUGGCCUCCCUUCCUCCCGAUUAUUUUCAUGAAUGA